AUGACGAUGGGAGAAUCACGAACAGAAUUGCUCACUUGGUUGAAUGACUUGCUACAGCUUGGGUAUACAAAGGUCGAGCAGUGCGGCACAGGUGCUGCCCACUGCCAGAUCCUAGACUCCAUAUUCAGAGAUAUCCCCGUGUCCAGAGUGAAAUUCAACACGCGACAAGAAUACGAAUACAUCCAAAACUUCAAAAUUCUUCAAAACGCAUUCGACAAGCAUAAGAUUGAUAAUGCUAUUCCUGUUGAACGACUCGUAAAGUGCAAGUUUCAAGAUAAUAUCGAAUUCCUGCAAUGGAUGAAAAAAUACUGGGAUCAAUAUUAUCCAGGAGGCAGUUACGACGCACUUGCUAGAAGAAAAACUGGCGGAGUAGAUUCCGGUCCAGCACCUAUAACCUCAAAUGGAGCUACUCGCUCAACCGUCGCCAUCAACCGAUCUGCAGUACCAGCUCCUGCUUCCAACGGAAUGAAAAAGUCACCAUCAAACCCAUCUGUAGAUCCAUCACCAAAACCCUCCAAAUCCAUGAUGUCUCAAUCUGCUCAACCUACUCGAAUAGCCGCCGCUUCCUCAAACGGAACUGGCGGUCUAUCUGGUAGAGAACGAGCUGAAUUGGAAGCUGAAUAUCAACGGACUGUCAAUGACUUGACUCAACAAGCUCUUGAGCUCAAGUUGAAUGUAGAGCAGGUCGAAAAGGAACGUGACUUCUACUUUGGAAAAUUACGUGAAAUCGAAAUGUUUGUCCAGUCCUUGCUCGAAGGUGAAGGUGUCUCUGGUGAUAUCGAAGGUCGUUUGAAGGAAAUCCAAGCUAUCAUGUACAAGACUGAAGAGUAA